GUAGCCAGCUCGUCGUAUCUGCAGAGUGCGGACGCUCGUAAUGCCCCAUUCAUCACCACAGCGCAGCGGCUGAGAGGCAACCUUCACCGUAGUGAUGAGAUUUCACUGAAACACUAACAGUAUUAACGAACCUCCAAGCAGUGAAGUGUUCACAUGAAACGCCGCUACUGACAGCUGUACUGUCGCCCAGGAAGGGGAAAUUUUUAAUGUCUACCCGAGGAGCAAGCGAAUAUUUUGGAUACUUCUUGCUAGCUUUUAUCCUGCCUUCCUCUUCGUACCUCCUCGGUCGGUGGUGGUCUAGUCUAGUUAGCCUCUCCUCCUAUUGCAGCAAGCUUAACAGCUUCUAGCCGCUAUCGCUAUCGCGUUAGCUAAUUUACCGCACGGAUAGAGGAAUAAGUCGGGGGGAGAUUUUUGCUUUUCGCGGUUUCUUUCAUUUGCGGUUCUUAUAAACCUUUCCGUGUAUUUUAUUUCUCAAGACAGAAAUAUAAUGCGGACAUAUUUCAGAUUACCGAGAAGGUCAUUCCUUGGGCUGUUAUUUCUGUUCUCUCUUUCCACCUCUGCAUUAUACUUCAUCUAUUCAGCACCAGGCAUCGUUAAUGAGUACUUGUUUAUGGUCCAAGCCCGGGGGAUCCAGAUCAGGGAGAACGUGCGGAGCAUUGGAGCGCAGGUCCUGGAGCAAGUGGUCCGGGGAGCCUACAGCAGCAACGGCACAGAUUAUGCCUAUGACUUUGACAUCAGUGAGCCAUAUGUCCAGACAACCACCUACCUCCCAGAGGGAUUCACCUACUUGCCCAACCAGAGGUGCCCUGAAAGGCUGCCCUCGAUGAAGGGCCCAGUGGAUGUGAACAUGAGUGAGAUUGCCCUGGAGGAUGUUGAAAGGAGUCUUUUGGAGGGGGACCCCAGUCUGGCUGCGGGGGGACACUGGAAGCCCCAUGACUGUGUUCCCCGUUGGAAAGUGGCCAUCCUGGUCCCUUUCCGGAACCGCCACGAGCACCUCCCCAUCCUCCUCCGCCACCUCAUCCCCGCACUCCAGAGGCAGCGGAUCCAGUUUGGCUUUUACGUCAUCGAGCAGGUAGGGAACAAGCCCUUCAACCGGGCCAUGCUGUUCAACGUGGGGUUCAAGGAGGCCAUGAAAGACCUGAACUGGGACUGUAUGGUCUUCCACGAUGUGGACCACAUCCUGGAGAACGACCGUAAUUACUACGGUUGCAGCAACAUGCCCCGACACUUUGCUGUGAAGCUCAACAAGUACUACUACAUGCUUCCAUACAAUGAGUUCUUUGGUGGGGUCAGUGGUCUCACUGUGGAGCAGUUCCAAAAUAUCAACGGUUUCCCCAAUGCUUUUUGGGGCUGGGGAGGGGAGGACGAUGACCUGUGGAACAGGGUGCAGUUCGCGGGGUACUCUGUGAGCCGGCCGCUGGGGGACAUGGGCCGCUACAUGUCCAUCCCGCACCACCACCACGGAGAGGCGCAGUUCCUGGGCAGGUACACGCUGCUCCGACAGUCCAAGGAGAGGCAGGGCCUGGACGGACUGAACAACCUGAGGUACAAGCCUCUGGUCACCCGCCGCCACCUGUACACCAACAUCACCGUCAGCCUGACCAGGGAGAUGGCCCCGGUGACCGGCUACAGCGACGACCGCCCGCCCCUCGGCAACCCCCACUCGUAACCAAGCGACAGCCGCGCCUCCCACUACAGCCAUAUUUCAACGGUCUCCAUCGCCGCUUUCCCCCCAAAAAAGAAGCUGGUCUUUUUUUCAAACGACCGAACAAGGAGACGAACCGCGUGUCCGCACUGGCUCCUCCAAUACGCUCCCCCGCCUCCGUAACUCCUCCCAUCCUUCUGCUGUCUGCGCCCAGUCCUCACGGCGACCGAUGCCUUAGGCCUGCCUGCAGCGCUUUAUUCUGUUCCCGUUUAUUCAUUUAUUCUGUCCUUCCUUUCUCACGCCAUAGCCCCCCUCCUGUGCAGCUGCAGAGCAGGCCGAAUCCACUGUCACUUUGACCACAGACAUUUCUGUUCCAAGCGGGACUCGGACUCCAGACCGAGCUCACAGACCGAGCUGCCUACAGUUCACAACAAGCAACAGUGCCUCCAUCAGGUCAUGCACCAUUAGGAAACAAACUCCCUGUCCCAGUCUUAGCUUAGGGAGUCCUUUCCAUUUCAAACAAAUGCACACACACACACACACAGAUACACACGCGUACACACACACACACACAGAUACAUAUGCGCACACACAAACACACACACAUAUGUACACGUGCGCACUUAUACAUACGCACAUGCGCGCACACACACACACACACACACACACACUCUUCUUGGUGUUCCGUUUGUUGGCCCCCAUAGCCCGGGGACCCGUGGCCAGUCUCCUUUGGGUCCCCCAGCUGCACUGAACCUCUACACUGAGAAACAAGCAGCGCCAAGCAGCCAGAAGUAUGAGUCCACACAGCUGGUUCUGUGUUGAACUUCCUGAAGUAGUAUAUCUUUUUUUAGUACUUUUAUUUUGUCUUUUUUUUUUCUUUUCUUUUUUCUUUUUUUUGUAUUGUGAAACACUCCUGCACUGAAAGAGGGGCGGUGAACACGGGGGACCACUGGAAAGGAAACGCGAAUGAAACCGGCUGCGCUCACAGGACCGCCUCCUGGCCUGAACACGCGCGCCCUCGCCAAGAUGAGCAGGACUUCCUGACAGCGUGCGGGCAUCGAACAGCGCUGGCCGGCCGCAUGCUCGUGACGCACGUGUCCGUACGGACACUUGAUCAGUGGAACUGCUCCUGCGACGUUGUAAAGUUUAGUGUUCUCCAAACCGCGUGUAACUGCUGAUUAGUAGGAAUGAUGUUGUGUUUGCCGUUUCUUAAUGCACUGAAUUGGGGAAGCCAGUGUUUCCUCGCACAUAUACACGUAUAUGCAUACACACACACACACGCACCGAUAGAAGCAUUCCUGCAGCACCCACAGAACACAUGCACAUGUGUACAUGUACAGACGCAUGAGCAGUCACACACACACACACACACACACACACACACACACACAAUUUUCAGCCCAAGAUAUGUUGUUCUCAUUUGUGCUGCACACGCCCACGUUGAUUUCCCGUGGGCUUGUGUGGAAAACAAUCUUGGACCUUGAGGCAUCUCGAGCAUGGUCUCGUUGGGUUUGCCGGGUCUGUUUGUCUUUCUUUUUGCUCGUCCAGAAGGGGAACAAAUGCAGCCAAAACAAACGAACUCCGCCUUCGUAGUAAGCGAGGGAUCAUCCUGCGUCAGGUGCUUUGGUUGCAACACUAGCGUUUUCAUCUCUUUCCUGCUGCCAGUUCCUGUUUAAGUGGCCCAGUGUGGACACGGCCUGUCGACUGCACAGUCCAGGCUGUAUGCAAACCCUGCUGCAGCUAAUUCCAGGGUGUGCUUGAACAAUGACAGCGUGCCAGCACUGACAGCUCAAGGCACGUACACCACUGAACGCACCUGUAGAAACGGGCACCCCCUCAGUGUAAGAGAGUGCCGUGGUGCCCGCGCCAGAGCCGAGUGAGGGCACUGCCACCUGACUUCCUCACUGUUUAGUUAGUGAUUUUUGGGAUCACCUGAGAUGGAUUUGAAAAUCUUUUUUUUUUUCUUUUUGUUUUUUUUGAAGAUUUGACUUGCUGGAUAUGACGCUGGACUAGAUGAGAUUCUAUUAGCUGACCUUGUACUGGCGCUAUAUCACUUAGGUUAGUAAGCAGGAAGGGAUUUCUGGCUAAGCAGUGAGACCGCACACCAAAGGCAGGCCCUCAUCUGUGCACCUCGCUCACCACACCGCUUGUUCCUCUGGCACGUUAGGUUUGAGACGCAGGCGUGCUGGCGAGCCGCGGCGCGCGCGGAGCAUCGCCCUGGAGCCCGCCCGCCCUUCAGGACUCGCUGAGCCCAGUGGGAGCGUUAGCCCGCUCCAGCUGGCUGUCCCACAGAACAAUGGGCCUCGCUGCCAGCUCCACGGGCUCCAGCCAAGAGACACUAAAGAGAGGUGCAGGAGCUGCGCAUAGCUGCGCAGAGCUGCGAUAGCCAUGUGUGUGCUGUUAAAGGCACUGUCUGAGCCAACGCUAUGUGUGUCAUAUCUGACCUCAGAUACCGCAGGCCGAAGUUGUACUCAGUGCACACAUUCUGCUUGUUUCCAGUGCUGUUUUCUUUCAGUCGUGUGCGCACGUGUGUGUGUGUGUGUGUGUGUGUGUGUGUGUGUGUGUGUGUGUGUGUGUGCCUUUCACACAGUGGUCUUAAGGCAUCUGUUCUAUGACUGAAGGGCAAUAGGAGAUUUCAUCGCUUAAAAAAUUCUUUUGAAUAAUCGAUUUUAUGAGUCGUUUUGAAAAAAAAAAAGGCCAUUACGCAAGCCUAUGAACACUGAUGUUACAAUAUAUAAGAGGUUCCUCUCUUCCGGAGAUGUAAAUCCAGGUGAUGUAGUUUCCACCCUCCUGAUUUGAAUGCACCCAAAGUAGUUCCAGCUUCCCUAUCUUUCUUCAGGUUUGCGUUGGCACUCCUGUUUAUCCCUGGGGGGUUGGAUUGAGGGGGCGGUUUGGGACCAUGGGGGGAGGGGGGGGGAGGAAAUGGUUGGGUACUGACCUGCCAGGUGCCUCUGAGCGCUGCUGUCUGACACGUCACUCUUAAUGUUCCUACUUUGAGGUCACGGUUUCCUUUUAGGGGUACAAAUAGUGUAAAUGCCAGUGUAUGGGCGGAGCCGAGCCUGUGUCUGUGCAUGUGGAAAGCCCCUCGUUGCAGCGCCCCUCCUCCCAUUUAGCUGCACCCCUUCAUGCCUCAACUUAAAAAAAAACCCUAUUCAAAAAUAGUAUCUUAUAUGAACAGACAUGAUAAAACAUUACUUGUUUUUAUGUUUGAAGUUUGAAUUUAAUUUAGAGGCAGGCCUCUAUAUAUUUAAUUGAUUCAGAUUUUUUUAGUGGUUUCUGUGUUGCUGUUGUUGUAGUGAUGGUAAGUGUAGAAAGAAGAGAGCAGCUAGAAUAUGGUGGUUGUGCGCGACGGCGGUGAACUUUAAAUCCCGAUAGGAGGUGUAGCCCGUCGGGGGGACAUCUGUACCACCCAAACGCAGCGCCGUUUCCAAUGAGAACCCAGGGAGGGGGAACCCGUCAGGGGCCACCUGUGUCCGAGACUCUCGCUUAGCAACCUCCCCACCUUAUGAAAUGGUGCUGUCCCUAAAAACCCAUUUGAGGAGGUCACUCUGUGCUGUUUGAAACCAGUUAUGGUAUGGCAGACAUCUGUUCCUGCAUGUAUCAUUGUCUUAAUUGGAACCCAGUCAUGCACGAGCUGACGUCACUUAGCCAAUCACGUGGGGGUGCUGAGUGGGAGGCGGGGCCAUGGCACCUUCCCCCCUCUCCCUUUGUGUUUGAGCGAAACGGCCAGCCCUGGCGCUCGCAGGGCUCACAGUGUCAGGUGAUGCUUGACGGAGCCGCUCAGGCUCUGGGUCUGUGUUUCACGCAGGAUGGUUGGGGAAAGAGUCAGGGUCGCUGAUCCGGGAUCAGUGCUCAAGCUUGCAGUUUGCUUUGAACACUAUGCUGUGAAACCCCUCCCAUGCAUUGUCAGUCACAGUUCUUCAAGAGCCAUGAUAGAAUCUAUUCAGCACCAGCCAAAAUGAAGAGGGACCCCCUCUGAGUGGUUGGCAGCCUUAAACCGUUUAUUUAUUUCAUUGUUUUCAUGUGUUUUUGUUUUCAUUUUUUUUAUAAAACAAUAUUAUUUAAAUGAAAUGAAUUGUGAAUCUUUACAUGUGUCUACUUGUACAUAUCAUUGUGUUUUCAAAUAGUCGUCAUCGCUGCAGAAUAGUAUUACACAAGAAUUUGGAGUAGUUUCUGCUGGUCAGUUUUGUUCAGCUCACAAUAGCGCACCAUUCUUUAAGAGAAACAAGGCCAGAUAUUUAACAGUCCUCUCUGGCGCACUUCAUUUCAGUGACUUCUAGAUCUUUUGAUCUUGUGAUCUCCAGUUUGAGGUCACAUUUUAGCCCCCUUUAUAAUAUUAAGGCUUUUUUCGGUAUUCCAAAUUUGUUCUGCCCCAUCGCGUGCCUGACAUUUUAUAAAUGGUUUUAGUGGAAGUAAAAUACUUCUAGUUAAUCAGAAAAAAAGUGAACAUUUUUUUUCUGCUGACCAUACCUGUCUGGGUGGAUGAGCCUGUGUAGAGGGUUUUUGCUGCAGAAAGAGGAAGGAAAGGGUUACCACAGCAAUCGAUGGGGCCCACGGUUAGCCAGCGGUUUGUGCCGCAGUGCUGUUUCUCUCAAAUAUCUCUUUAUUAGCAAAGUCAAAGAAAUCAGAUCCAAGAGACAAUAAUGUUUAUUUCAGGCAGCAAAACUGGAGCAUCGUAAAGAACUCCAAAUUCUAUUACAGUGGUUUGCUAAAUUCAAAUAAAAUAAAUAAAAAUGUACUUCUUUUGUGAUUGUAGGAGUCUGAAACCUGCCUGGUUGAAUUGAAGCCAUUUGCCACAUAUAAACUUGAUGUCAGUUGCGUGUGUUUGUGAGCGUGUGUGUUUGCGUGUGAGCGUGCCUGCGUGUGUAUAUAUAAAUAUGUAUCUGCAUAUCCUUGAUUAUUGAGAUUACUUUGAAGUAGACUGCAUUUUUUACCAUUGUUAUUCAAAUCCACCAAUAAAGUAAAUGAACUUUCAAAGAGAAGAGUUGUACUGAUUAAUAAUGAUCUUUUCUUGACAUAACCAAUAAAGUUGUUUUAUAUGUUUUGUCUGAA